AUGGUUUAACCCAAGGUGGCAAUAUAACCACGAUAGCCGCUUGCUCACUCCCGCCCCUCCCACCCUGAAUAGGGGAGAGAAUUGAAAAGGAAGGGAGAAACUUGUGGAUUGGGAUAAACACCGUUUAAUAAAAUAACAAAAUAACACUAAUAUGCUACUACUAAUAAUAUAUAAAAAAUGGAAAUAGAAGAUGAGAGAUACUCAAUGCAAUUCCUCAUGAACUCUGUCUGCACAGAGCAGCCAGUCCCAGGAAUAGGCACCCUGGUCCCGAAACAGCCGAUUGUGGAGAAAAGAAGAAAAUGCAGAAAGGCCCAGAGGCCUCUGCAAAACAGCAGGAUGGCAAAAGGCUGAACUAAAGAAAGUCCCAAGCACCUGUCCCCCAAACAGGUCUCUGUCCCGGCUCUGACUGAAGAACCAACGGGAAGGAAGGUGAACAGAACGUAACUGCCUUUUAGGACUUGACUUCUGAUGGGCUGUAUUUUGUCUUGGCGGGAGUUUUUCAAGAUUCAUGCAGUGAAGGAAGAAACAGCUAAUGGCUUCAGAAUCCAUGGUCCCAGAGCAGGCAAAACAACAUCUGACAAAGGGAAAAAGGCAGCAGCAGCAGCAGCAGCAAACUGGGUCUUCCAACAGUGAUGGUGAAGGUGACAUCUUUGUAUUUGAAGCAAAUGAGGCUUGGAAGGAUUUUCACAGUUCUCUUCUUCACUUCUUUGAAGCUGGAGAGCUCUGCGAUGUUACACUGAAGGUUGGUUCAAAGCUCAUCUCCUGCCACAAACUGGUGCUGGCUUGCGUUAUACCUUACUUCAGAGCCAUGUUUCUUUCAGAAAUGGCUGAAGCCAAGCAGACGUUGAUCGAGAUCAAGGACUUUGAUGGUGAUGCGAUAGAAGAUCUGGUGAAGUUUGUGUACUCCUCCCGGCUUACCCUGACGGUGGAUAACGUCCAGCCUCUCCUGUACGCUGCUUGCAUCCUUCAGGUGGAGGUGGUGGCCAAGGCAUGCUGUGAAUACAUGAAACUGCACUUCCACCCCUCCAACUGCCUGGCGGUCAGGGCAUUUGCAGAGAGUCACAACCGCAUUGACUUGAUGGACAUGGCCGAUCAGUAUGCUUGUGAGCACUUUACCGAGGUGGUGGAGUGCGAAGACUUUGUGAACGUGUCACCGCAACACCUCCAUAAACUCCUGUCCUCCAGUGACCUGAAUAUAGAAAAUGAAAAGCAGGUUUACAAUGCUGCUAUCAAGUGGUUGCUGGCCAAUCCGCAGCAUCACGCUACGUGGCUGGAUGAAAUACUUGCGCAGGUACGGCUGCCUCUCUUGCCCGUAUGUUUCCUUAUGGGUGUUGUGGCAAAGGAAGAGAUUGUCAAGCAGAAUCUAAAAUGUAGGGAUUUGCUGGAUGAAGCAAGAAACUACCACCUUCACCUGAGCAGCAGGGCAGUGCCAGACUUUGAGUACUCCAUUCGCACAACACCAAGGAAGCAGACUGCUGGUGUGCUGUUCUGUGUCGGUGGCAGAGGUGGAUCGGGUGACCCAUUUCGCAGCAUCGAAUGUUACUCCAUCAGUAAGAACAACUGGUUCUUCGGCCCCGAAAUGAACAGCAGGAGAAGGCAUGUGGGUGUGAUCUCUGUGGGAGGUAAAGUCUACGCAGUAGGUGGACAUGAUGGAAAUGAACACUUAGGAAGCAUGGAAGUAUUUGAUCCUCUCACUAACAAGUGGAUGAUGAAGGCAUCAAUGAACACAAAGAGGAGAGGAAUUGCUCUUGCCUCCCUUGGUGGCCCUAUUUACGCGAUAGGAGGUUUAGAUGACAACACUUGCUUCAGUGAUGUGGAACGAUACGACACUGAGUCUGACCGAUGGAGCGCAGUUGCCUCGAUGAACACUCCCAGGGGAGGAGUUGGCUCCGUAGCCCUCGUGAACCACGUUUACGCUGUGGGUGGCAAUGACGGCGUAGCGUCUCUUUCCAGCGUGGAGAAAUAUGAUCCCCACUUGGAUAAGUGGAUCGAAGUGAAAGAGAUGGGUCAGCGAAGAGCUGGCAACGGUGUCAGCGAGCUCCACGGCUGCUUGUACGUUGUGGGUGGCUUUGAUGACAACUCUCCCCUGAGCUCGGUGGAGCGGUUUGACCCACGCAGUAACAAAUGGGAAUACGUGGCGGAGCUGACAACGCCGAGGGGCGGCGUUGGCAUAGCGACACUGAUGGGUAAAAUCUUUGCAGUUGGAGGUCACAACGGCAACGCGUACCUGAAUACAGUAGAAGCAUUUGAUCCCAUAGCGAAUAGGUGGGAGCUGGUGGGCUCGGUGUCGCACUGCAGGGCAGGGGCAGGCGUGGCCGUGUGCUCCUGUCUCAGCAGCCAGAUCCGCGAUGUGGGCCAGGGAUCCAGCAACGUUGUUGACUGCAUGUGAGCUCUGCUGCCGCCCUAAACGCCAGAGGAACGGGAGCAGGGAGGCACUGCUGGGCUUUGGAACACCGUGUUCUCUAUGGUGGGUUAAGAAAUAAAACCAAUACAUUUUCUCUGUGGAAACAUGGAAUAAAAGUGUGACUCACAGAAGAAAACCUGCCAAGAGCUGCAAUCAUCCCAUUUUUGAGAAUUUGGCAUUUCAGAACCACUUGAGGCAGCUGUUACAGGGACUCAUUAUUGAACUGUAAGCUGGGCAUGGGGUGAGGAGAGAGAACAGCAGUUUGUGCUUCUGAGCCUUACCCAACAGCCCUGCGCUGUGUUUUCUGGAGGACUGGAAUGCCAUUUAAUAUAACUUAUUUCCAGGAAAUUAGUCUUAAACAUUUCCUAAUUGUACAAGAGCUUUGUAACACAAAGUCUCUCAAGUUUGAGAAGGUAACGACAUCCCUGUUGCACACGAAGGUGACUGGAGCAGAGAAGUUCACUGCCCACCUCCCAGAGGACUGCUGGUGGCAACAGAAAUUGCAGGUACUCAGUCUGAACAUGUCUAAGUACUUUUUCAAGCUAAUAGACUUGUUAGAAAGCUGAAAAGAUUCUUGACCUGAGUUUAGCCACUGGAAUACUGGAAUUCUCAAGUCUUCGAUAAAAUUUGUAGUAAUUACUCCCCCCUCAAAAGGCAAUUUUCUGUUCAGAGAUCAUUCCUGAAGUAACCAGAGUAAUUUGUCCUACUUUGAGAUGAUAGUGUGUGAGAAUGUAGGCUUCAGUGCUGCCCAAAUCACCGUUUUUAUAUGAAGUGUAAACACACAAUAAAAGUUGCAGUAUUCUGUAAAAACCUUUAAAUACAGCUCUAGGAGAUGAAAUGUCCAAUUUCAGUAUCCAGUAGCAACUCCAUGGUAAUUCUAGAGGCUCUUUUAAGAUAUUGAAGCCAACAGGCAGAUGACUUAAAGCUUACAUAAACCAAAGAGAACCAGCAACAGAAUGAAUUGGAAAUAAACCAGUACUUACAUCAAAAAUUGAAGCGGGAACUUGACAGUGCUGCGUACAAAGGUGUCAUUACCCAGUCAGAAAGCCCGAAUUCCAAGUCCUGUCCAGGUGGAAAGACGGCAGAUUCCUGUCCCUGCAACAGCUCGAACAGACCAACGACUGACAAUCCUUUGUGACCAAAGUCUCACAUUACCAGGUUAUUCAAGUGACCCGGGAGAGCAGCAAAAUUCUCUGCAUUCCGUACGAGGGAACGGGCAGGGCAGUACAAGCAUAAAGCACAGUCAUGUUUUACUGUUGAGUUACCACUGUUUAGCUUUUCUUUUUCAAAUGGCUCGCGCUUGGGUCGCACCCAGGUGCAUUCAUGAAGUGAAUGGUACUGUAAAUAAUGAAAUACUGCAAUAAAACAUUUGUACUUCAAA